GCGCGCUCCCCCCCCACCCCCCCCGGGGUCUUCAGCCUUCGGGGUCCGAGCCGCCGCCGCCGCCGCCGCCCAAGGCCGGGACUCGCGCGGGGGCCGGAGGCGGCAAGGACGCGGAGACCCAGGGUGACGCCGGGCAUCUCCCGGGCGACGGCCCCGCAACAAGAUGGCGGACGAUAAAGAAAGGGAAGGCACAGAGUUAGUGGUAGCGGAAUUUCACAAAAAAAUCAAAGACGCUUUUGAAGUGUUUGACCACGAGGCGAAUAAUACAGUGGAUGUGAGAGAGAUCGGAACAAUUAUCAGGUCACUAGGGUGCUGCCCAAGUGAAGGAGAGCUGCAUGACCUGAUCUUAGAGGUAGAGGAGGAAGAACCCACUGGAUACAUUCGAUUUGAAAAAUUUCUUCCAGUGAUGACCAAAGUACUACUAGAAAAAAGGUACAGACCAAUUCCAGAAGAUAUCCUUCUUCGAGCAUUUGAGGUGUUAGAUCCAUCCAAACGUGGAUUUCUAACUAAGGAAGAAUUGAUCAAGUAUAUGACUGAAGAAGGUGAGCCUUUUUCUCAGGAAGAAAUGGAAGAAAUGUUGUCCGCUGCAAUUGACCCAGAAUCGAAUUCCAUUCGUUACAAGGACUACAUAGCCAUGAUGGUGGUAGAUGACGGCUAGGUGCCCUGAAGACUUAAUUUCUCAUUGAAAGGAUGACUGUAGAGAUGGCCUGUCUUUGUUAAUUUUACAUCUUAUAAUUCCUACACAUGCUAAUUAAUACUUGGUGACAACUAUUUCAAGAUACUUUGUUUUUUUUAAAGAUGAACACAUUUAUUUGAUAUGUCUAGACUUAUAGAAUGACAAAUGACUAAUUAUUUUAAAGCCAAUUCUUUAAAACAUUUUAACAUUA